CCUCUCGUCAGCCUGCUAGACAGCAUAGCGGUCGAAGAGGGGGAGGUGUAACGCAGCAUUCUGUGGAGCGGGGAAACCGACGGACGAGAAUCAAUGAAGGUGCAUGAAAAAAUAAAAUAGACGGCGGUGGCUCAAGACAUCACAACACCCAAAUAGCGGUUACGAGGGUGAAAAGCGUUGAUAGAGACCUGUUUAAGGGGUGAACGCUCACUCAUUCAGCUGUACAUUCAGAAAGGGCACACCGUUCCUUUGCAAAGAUGGGUAACCGAGGUAUGGAGGAUCUUAUUCCUCUAGUGAACCGAAUGCAGGAUGCCUUCUCCGCUAUCGGACAAAAUGCCAACCUGGACCUCCCUCAGAUCGCUGUGGUCGGUGGCCAGAGUGCCGGAAAGAGCUCGGUGCUGGAGAACUUCGUGGGGAAGGACUUCCUGCCUCGUGGCUCUGGCAUCGUCACCCGCCGCCCCCUGGUCCUUCAGCUGAUCCACUGCCCCACAGAGUAUGCUGAGUUCCUGCACUGUAAGGGGAAGAAGUUCACGGACUUCGACGAGGUGCGGCAGGAGAUCGAGGCGGAGACGGACCGGGUCACCGGGCAGAACAAGGGCAUCUCCCCGGUGCCAAUCAACCUGCGGGUCUACUCUCCGAACGUCUUGAACCUGACUCUUGUGGACUUGCCGGGGAUGACCAAAGUGCCAGUGGGGGACCAACCCGCCGAUAUCGAGCACCAGAUCAGGGAGAUGCUGAUGCAGUUUGUGACCAAGGAGAACUGCCUGCUGCUGGCCGUGUCUCCCGCCAACUCAGAUCUCGCCAACUCCGAUGCCCUCAAGAUCGCCAAAGAAGUGGACCAGCAAGGUCAGCGUACUAUCGGUGUGAUCACUAAGCUGGACCUGAUGGACGAGGGGACAGACGCUCGGGAAAUCCUGGAGAACAAGCUGCUGCCGCUGCGCAGAGGGUACAUCGGGGUGGUGAACCGGAGUCAGAAGGACAUUGAUGGGAAGAAGGACAUCGGUGCCGCCAUCGCGGCCGAGAGGAAGUUCUUCCUGUCCCACCCGAGCUACAGGCACCUGGCCGAUCGCAUGGGCACGCCCUACCUACAGAAAGUGCUUAACCAGCAACUGACCAAUCACAUCCGUGACACACUGCCAGGGCUCCGUGCCAAGCUGCAGAGCCAGCUGCUGUCCAUUGAGAAGGAGGUGGAGGAGUACAAGCACUUCCGCCCCGACGACCCGUCCCGCAAGACCAAGGCCCUGCUGCAGAUGGUGCAGCAGUUUUCGGUGGAUUUUGAGAAGCGCAUCGAGGGGUCGGGGGACCAGAUCGACACCUACGAGCUGUCGGGCGGGGCCAGGAUCAACCGUAUCUUCCACGAGCGCUUCCCCUUCGAGCUGGUCAAGAUGGAGUUUAAUGAGAAGGAGCUUCGCAAGGAGAUCAGCUACGCCAUCAAGAACAUUCAUGGAAUCAGAACUGGCCUCUUCACCCCGGACAUGGCUUUUGAGACCAUUGUGAAAAGGCAGAUCGAGAAGAUCAAAGAGCCGUGCCAGAAAUGUGUGGACAUGGUCAUUUCUGAGCUAGUCAAUACCGUUAGGCAGUGUACCAAGAAGCUGGCCCAGUACCCAAUGCUGAGAGAGGAGAUGGAGAGGAUUGUGACGCAACACAUCAGAGACCGCGAGAGUCGCACCAAGGACCAGGUGAUGCUGCUGAUUGACAUCGAGCUGGCCUACAUGAACACCAAUCAUGAGGACUUCAUCGGGUUUGCCAAUGCUCAGCAGAGGAGCAGCCAGAUGAGUAAGAAGAAGGCCGCCGGGAAUCAGGAUGAGAUAAUGCAGGAUCGAGGAUCGGUUAAUUUGAGAUUCGCAGAGGUCAUCCGGAAGGGCUGGCUGACCAUCAACAACAUCGGCAUCAUGAAGGGCGGAGCCAAGGAGUACUGGUUUGUCCUGACGGCUGAAUCCCUGUCCUGGUACAAGGACGACGAGGAGAAGGAGAAGAAGUACAUGCUGCAAGUCGAUAAUCUGAAACUGAGGGAUGUGGAGAAAGGCUUCAUGUCCAGCAAGCACAUCUUCGCCCUGUUCAACACCGAGCAGAGGAACGUGUACAAGGACUACCGCCAGCUGGAGCUGGCCUGCGAGUCGCAGGAGGAGGUGGACGGCUGGAAGGCCUCCUUCAUGCGUGCCGGCGUUUACCCAGAGCGCAUCACGGAAAAAGAGAAGCAGAGCGACACCGGAGAGGAGAACGGCUCCGAUGGCUUCAUGCACUCCAUGGACCCCCAGCUGGAGCGGCAGGUGGAGACCAUCCGCAACCUGGUGGACUCCUACAUGGCCAUCGUCAACAAGACUGUGCGCGACCUCAUGCCCAAGACCAUCAUGCACCUGAUGAUCAACAACACGAAGGAAUUCAUAAACGCGGAGCUGCUGGCGAACCUGUACUCGUGCGGGGACCAGAACUCGCUGAUGGAGGAGUCGGCGGAGCAGGCGCAGCACCGGGAGGAGAUGCUCCGCAUGUACCACGCCCUGCGCGAGGCACUCAGCAUCAUCGGCGACAUCAGCACCACCACCGUCUCCACCACGCUGCCGCCGCCCGUCGACGACUCCUGGCUGCAGGUGGCCGGCGGCCCGUCCGGACGCAGGUCCCCGGCCACCAGCCCCACCCCGCAGCGCAGGGCCCCCCCUCCGGGACCUCCCUCCCGGCCUGGAUCCCGAGGCUCCGCCCCUGGACUCCCCCCUGCCGGGGGCCCGCCCGUGCCCUCCCGCCCCGGGGCGUCCCCGGACCCGUUCGGAGGGCCGCCCCCCCAGGUCCCCUCCCGGCCGAACCGCGCCCCCCCCGGCGUGCCCAAAAUUACAAUCAGUGACCAAUGAGGACUAACGCUACUGCCGGAGGGCACCAGCCUCACCAACCCGACCCGGCAGGCCCACUGACUCCUCCCUCCUUGACCUUUAACCCCGGGCUGGCCUCACCCACCUCCCUCACCCUGUGACUGGCUCUGAUCAUGGAUACAGUCCUCCUGCGCCCCCACUCCACGCCCACCCAACACCCCCCACUCCCACCUCCACCCUACACCCCCAACUCCUCCCACGCCCACCCUACACCUCCCACUCCCACCCCCACCCCAUACCCCCCCCCACACACACACAUACCUACCCCUCCAUCUUCCUCUCCCACCCUCUCUUCCUCUCCCACUAACUGCUACACUGUUCCUGAUGAAAACGUACAGUUUACACACUCGUACAAACACACGCACACACACACAAUCGGACACCUAAUGCCACGUAUCUACAUGCAGAUGUGUUUGCAUAUAAACACAGGCAGCAUAUACAUUAUGAAUAUGGAGAUACACACAGUAUAGAGAUUAUAGCAAGGGAACCAGGCUGAUUAAGCAGUAAUAAUGACGUCAGCAGCUUGCUUUCCCAUAGGCCAGUGUAUUGUAGCAUUGCACAAACCAGCCUCUUCUCUGCUCAUCUUAGUCUUUGUUCGGUUAUGGGUUAUUAAUAUUCUGUCCUGUAAAGGGGCUUAAGACACUCAGUGUGCAGAAAUAUUCAAUAUCAAGAUGUCCUCCUGUGACUCACAUGACCCGGUAGCCAUGGUAACCACCGUAAAACACACUGUAGUGGGCGUGAGUUCACAGCCUGUUUGUGCUAUUGCACAGGGAGAGGUGCACCAUCGCUGCAGGUAUCAGGUGCCUGUCCAUGCACCCCCUACCCCAUGCCCCCCCCCAGCCCCCCCCCAUCCCCACAGGUGCUGUCUCUGAUCGGACUGGGGACUGGGGCUCAGAUGGAUAACCCCGCCCCUCAAACCUGUAUUUGCCCUUCCACAGUCCCACCAGCUUCAUUACUAUGUGUACACUGUUUAUCCUAUGGGGAUCCAAACCACCGUUAGCCCCACCCUCCCCCGCCUCCACCGCGCCUCCACCCCCCAAACUGGAUCUACAUUAUUUUGGGAAGCUAUUUAGGGAAAUGGUGAAUAAACACACAUACAUUAACAUUGACUCACACAUGCAGGCACACACACACACACACACACGCACAUGCACACGCACAUGCACAGGCACAUGCACACACACAUGCACACACACACACACACACUCGGGCUCCUGAUACGCUCAUAUCCAGCCUCUGGAUUGGUGGGAGCGAGAGUGAAAGAGAGGAGGACAAGAGGAAAGAAAGAAAGAAGGGAGAUGGGGAAGGGUCCGGGGUAGAUGAAGAAAGGAAUGUCAUGCUUCUCUGCUUUCUGUAAUUCAUGCUUUUUCUUUCUCGGCUCCCCCCAUCCCUCCAUAUGGAAUGCCAGGUUUGCUUUCCCUGUUCACCCCCCAUGCAUUCCAGCUGCCUAACCCUAACCCCCCCCCCCCCCCCAGCAUCUCCCCAGCUCAGCAGUUUUCCGGAGAUGCGUUAUCAGUGGCGGUGGUGAUGCGUUGCCCGUGGCGACGGUGAUGCGUUACCCGUGGCGACGGUGGCGUUUGGGACGGUCGAUAACUGCAUCUCUCAGGCGCUCCGCCGUUGUCUUGAUUUGCUUUAUUUUCGUUUGGAUCAGUUCUGUCCUCCAGAGUCAUGGGCCAGACCAGCAAGCCUGCAGACGCACACGGUCAACAGUCAGCGCACGCCACACCGCAGACGUGUAAUCACAAACACACACGUACGGAUCUGUGAAUGUCUCGUCACGACCUGUUCACAGAAUCAAAGCAAUAAAUUCAAACACGGACACAAAAGGGCUUUCUUACUGUGUGGCCCUGCUUUGGGGGGACCCUAAAUCCGCCAACCUGCCUGUUUCUCGGGUGACGUUUGAGGUGGUGGCGGUCGACGGCCCUGUUGACUUCGAAGGAAGGGCCCCCUGCUUUCUCACCUGUGGAUGCCAUCUACCUGCUUUGUCUUAUUUUAUCAUUUUCACUUCUUUUUCUUCUUUUCCCCCCUUUUUCUUUUCUUUUCUCAGCCGGCCGAGCAAGGGCAGCCCGUCCCGCCCGGAGAGCCCCCUUCCACCGUUCGACUCAUAACCGCCCCCCCCCCCAUCCAAACCUCCCCCCUCCUCCCCCUCUCUAUCAAGCUCCCUCCAUCUUUCCUGCCCUUCAUCCAUGAAAACUGAGUCCCAUCAUGCACUGAGAGAGAGAAGAACAGACGGGCGGCCCUCAGGGGGGAAAAGAACAUAAAGAAAAAAAAGAAGAAACAGCCCUUCAGAAAGCCUUCCCUCAUCCGGGCGACGGGCACAGAGAGAACGGCGUCGCCGCAGUGGGUUCCAAGUCCCCGGGGAAGGGGGGGGGGGGGUGGAUGAGGUGCCCCCGUUUGGUGUCUGCCUGCCCCUGUCCCACCUCUGAGCCCCCCCGUCCCACCCCAAACCCGUCGCUCUUAGUCAGGAUGCCACAAAAGAAAAGACACGGUGUGCUGUUUCCUUCUUGCAUUUGCGCUCAUUAAAUAUCCUGAGCUAAACUGUGUUGUUUAAUUGUAGACUGUGCAGUGGAUCAUGAAACCCUGCCACUCCCCCUGUAACUCUGACCAUUUGCUUCUGCUGGAAUUGUCGAUUCCCCUGCUGGAACUCUACCCCAGACUACCCCUAAUAACCAGUUGUGCCCGCACCCCCGAGUCGCCCCAUUUUUCCCCAGUGAAACAGUAUCUUUGAGAGGCAGGCUCUGUACAGGAAGUGUAACCUGAGAGGCGGGGUCUGUGCAGGAAGUGUAACCUGAGAGGCGGGGUCUGUGCAGGAAGUGUAACCUGAGAGGCGGGGCCUGUACAGGAAAUGUAAUUUGAGGGGCGGGGCUUGUACAGGAAGUGUAAUAUCUUAUCUGGGGGGCUCUGGUGACGGGACAUGCAUGCACUGUACACGCAACGGGGGGGGGGGGCGGGGAUAGUACAGUCUCAGUCUCGCAUGAGUACAUCCUUUAGACUGAACUUUACUGGGGACAUUUUUCGUUUUCAUUUUUAAUAAUUGUUCUAUGUUCUCAUUUGAAUUUGGGGAUGACUGACAUUAUCAGGUCAAAAAAAAUCAGUGCUUGUCUAUGCAGAAAAAGCUAUAAUCCUUAGUUUCACUCUCUUGUCAUCCCUUCUUCUGUGGAUAUUCCCGAUGAUGUGAGUUAAAUCUCUGUCCACAUGUGGACGCUCUUGUCUUUGUGGUUGUUGUUCGAUGACCUGUUUGUUGUAGUUAACGUCAGGCAUGGUGAUUUUCCGACAGUAAACUAUCGUAAGCUAAACACCUUGUUUCUGUAACAUUCUCACCUGUGCUCAAAUACAUGCAUACAUAUACACACACACACACACACACCACUAAAAGAACCACCACCAACCUGGUUUUAGCAACAAUAUUUACAAAAUGUAUGUAUAAUUAUGAUUUAAGAGUAAAUAGAUUAUCACGGACAUAUCCUAAAUGUGAUGUAAUAUCCUUGUGGUGCAUAUAUGGAAAUUGUGCUUCCACGGUUUAGAGUUUAGCUAACAUGCAAGAUAAAUGAAUAUUAAAUUAUUACAAAAAAAGUGAUUGAAUAAAUGUAAAAAAAAAAAAAAAAUUCAAUGUAUCAUAAAAAAUAAAAAAAUGCAGCUGGAUAAAUUAUCAUCGUAUAUAAAUGACACGGGAUUUAUUUUCGGUCGAUGUAUUAUAAAUGUCAGAUGACUGUUAUGAGAGUAGGAAGUAGAGGCGGGAAGGCUCCGCCUCCUUAGGCGGGCAGAGUGAAUGUGACUACUUCCGCCUGCUGUGAUGCGUUUCCUGUACAUUUCUGCUGUUGGUUGAAUGCGUGUGUUGAACAGGACUGUGCUGUUGUCCAGAGAUAUAAAGUCAGUGUACCAACA